AUGACAACAGAAGGAAUUCUAACAACUGUUUCUGGAACAAUAAAAGAAGGGACUGAAACUGAUAUAAAAACAGAAAUGCUUACAACCACUUCUGCUGGUACGAAAACAGAAGUAAUUGAAACAGUUCCCGCUAUAACGAAAACAGAAGGAACUAUAACAACUAUAUCGGAAACAAUAACAGAAGGAACUAUAACAACUUUCUCAGGAAUAACAACAGAAGGAACUGAAACUGGUAUAAAAACAGACGAGAUUGCAACCACUACCGCUGCUACAAAAACAGAAGUAGCGGACACAAUUCCCGCUAUUACGAAAACAGAAGGAACCAUAACAACUAUUUCGGGAACAAUAUCAGAAGGGACUGAAACUGAAACUACCUCAACACCAACUCACACCCCAACAAAAUCAUGGACUGCCAUAUACGAGCCACCAACAGCACCAGAUGAAACUAGUUGGACUCACCCACCAUCAACUGGACCUAACACAUACGAACCACCUACAACAACAGAUGGAACUAGAUGGACUCACCCACCAACAAAUGGACCGACUUAUACCUACAGACCGACUGACACUCUAUCAACACCGUGGUCAUUUGAAACUCACUACUGGUAUUACUAUGAUUACUAUUACUCUAAAUGGCCUUAUCCCUCGACACCAACUCACACCCCAACAAACCCAUGGACUGCCACAUUCGAGCCACCAACAGCAACAGAUGGAACUAGUUGGACUCACCCACCCACAAAUGGACCUAACACAUACGAACCACUAACAACAACAAAUGGAACGAGAUGGACUCACCCACCAACAAAUGGGCCUAACACAUACGAGCCAUCAACAACAAUAGAUGCAACUAGAUGGACUCACCCACCAUCAACUGGACCUAACACAUACGAACCACCUACAACAACAGAUGGAACCAGAUGGACUCACCCACCAACAAAUGGGCCUAACACAUAUGAGCCAUCAACAACAACAGAUGCAACUAGAUGGACUCACCCACCAUCAACUGGACCUAAUACAUACGAACCACCUACAACAACAGAUGGAACUAGAUGGACUCACCCACCAACAACUGGACCGACUUAUACCUACAGACCGACUGAUACUCUAUCAACACCGUGGUCAUUUGAAACUCACUACUGGUAUUACUAUGAUUACUAUUACUCUAAAUGGCCUUAUCCCUCGACACCAACUUACACCCCAACAAAACCAUGGACUGCCACAUACGAGCCACCAAUAGCAACAGAUGAAACUAGUUGGACUCACCCACCAUCAACUGGACCUAACUCUUACGAACCACCUACAACAACAGAUGGAACUAGAUGGACUCACCCACCAACAAAUGGACCGACUUAUACCUACAGACCGACUGACACUCUCUCAACACCGUGGUCGUUUGAAACUCACUACUGGUAUUACUAUGAUUACUAUUACUCUAAAUGGCCUUAUCCCUCGACACCAACUUACACCCCAACAAACCCAUGGACUGCCACAUACGAGCCACCAACAGCAACAGAUGGAACUAGAUGGACUCACCCACCUACAAAUGGACCUAACACAUAUGAGCCAUCAACAACAACAGAUGCUACUAGAUGGACUCACCCACCAUCAACUGGACCUAACACAUACGAACCACCUACAAUAACAGAUGGAACUAGAUGGACUCACCCACCAACAAAUGGACCUAACACAUACAAACCACUAACAACAAUAAAUGGAACGAGAUGGACUCACCCACCAACAAAUGGGCCUAACACAUACGAGCCAUCAACAACAACAGAUGCAACUAGAUGGACUCACCCACCAUCAACUGGACCUAACACAUACGAACCACCUACAACAACAGAUGGAACUAGAUGGACUCACCCACCAACAAAUGGACCGACUUAUACCUACAGACCGACUGACACUCUAUCAACACCGUGGUCAUUUGAAACUCACUACUGGUAUUACUAUGAUUACUAUUACUCUAAAUGGCCUUAUCCCUCGACACCAACUUACACCCCAACAAAAGCAUGGACUGCCACAUACGAGCCACCAACAGCAACAGAUGAAACUAGUUGGACUCACCCACCAUCAACUGGACCUAACACAUACGAACCACCUACAAUAACAGAUGGAACUAGAUGGACUCAUCCACCAACAAAUGGACCUAACACAUAUGAGCCAUCAACAACAACAGAUGCAACUAGAUGGACUCACCCACCAUCAACUGGACCUAACACAUACGAACCACCUACAACAACAGAUGGAACCAGAUGGACUCACCCACCAACAAAUGGACCGACUUAUACCAACAGACCGACUGACACUCUCUCAACACCGUGGUCGUUUGAAACUCACUACUGGUAUUACUAUGAUUACUAUUACUCUAAAUGGCCUUAUCCCUCGACACCAACUUACACCCCAACAAACCCAUGGACUGCCACAUACGAGCCACCAACAGCAACAGAUGGAACUAGAUGGACUCACCCACCUACAAAUGGACCUAACACAUAUGAGCCAUCAACAACAACAGAUGCUACUAGGUGGACUCACCCACCAUCAACUGGACCUAACACAUACGAACCACCUACAACAACAGAUGGAACUAGAUGGACUCACCCACCAACAAAUGGACCGACUUAUACCAACAGACCGACUGACACUCUCUCAACACCGUGGUCAUUUGAAACUCACUACUGGUAUUACUAUGAUUACUAUUACUCUAAAUGGCCUUAUCCCUCGACACCAACUUACACCCCAACAAAACCAUGGACUGCCACAUACGAGCUACCAACAGCAACAGAUGGAACUAGUUGGACUCACUCACCAUCAACUGGACCUAACACAUACGAACCACCUACAAUAACAGAUGGAACUAGAUGGACUCACCCACCAACAAAUGGACCUAACACAUAUGAGCCAUCAACAACAACAGAUGGAACUAGAUGGACUCACCCACCAACAAAUGGACCUAAAACAUAUGAGCCAUCAACAAUAACAGAUGCAACUAGAUGGACUCACCCACCAACAAAUGGACCGACUUAUACCUACAGAACGACUGACACUCUCUCAACACCGUGGUCGUUGGAUACUCACUACUGGUAUUACUAUGAUUACUAUUACUCUAAAUGGCCUUAUCCCUCGACACCAACUUACACCCCAACAAACCCAUGGACUGCCACAUACGAGCCACCAACAGCAACAGAUGGAACUAGAUGGACUCACCCACCUACAAAUGGACCUAACACAUAUGAGCCAUCAACAACAACAGAUGCUACUAGAUGGACUCACCCACCAUCAACUGGACCUAACACAUACGAACCACCUACAACAACAGAUGGAACUAGAUGGACUCACCCACCAACAAAUGGACCUAAAACAUAUGAGCCAUCAACAAUAACAGAUGCAACUAGAUGGACUCACCCACCAACAAAUGGACCGACUUAUACCUACAGAACGACUGACACUCUCUCAACACCGUGGUCGUUGGAUACUCACUACUGGUAUUACUAUGAUUACUAUUACUCUAAAUGGCCUUAUCCCUCGACACCAACUUACACCCCAACAAACCCAUGGACUGCCACAUACGAGCCACCAACAGCAACAGAUGGAACUAGAUGGACUCACCCACCAACAAAUGGACCUAAUACAUAUGAGCCAUCAACAACAACAGAUGGAACUAGAUGGACUCACCCACCAACAAAUGAACCUAAAACAUAUGAGCCAUCAACAACAACAGAUGCAACUAGAUGGACUCACCCACCAUCAACUGGACCUAACACAUACGAACCACCUACAACAACAGAUGGAACUAGAUGGACUCACCCACCAACAAAUGGACCGACUUAUACCUACAGACCGACUGAUACUCUAUCAACACCGUGGUCAUUUGAAACUCACUACUGGUAUUACUAUGAUUACUAUUACUCUAAAUGGCCUUAUCCCUCGACACCAACUUACACCCCAACAAAACCAUGGACUGCCACAUACGAGCCACCAACAGCAACAGAUGAAACUAGUUGGACUCACCCACCAUCAACUGGACCUAACACAUACGAACCACCUACAACAACAGAUGGAACUAGAUGGACUCACCCACCAACAAAUGGACCGACUUAUACCUACAGACCGACUGACACUCUCUCAACACCGUGGUCGUUUGAAACUCACUACUGGUAUUACUAUGAUUACUAUUACUCUAAAUGGCCUUAUCCCUCGACACCAACUUACACCCCAACAAAACCAUGGACUGCCACAUACAAGCCACCAACAGCAACAGAAGAAACUAGUUGGACUCACCCACCAUCAACUGGACCUAACACAUACGAACCACCUACAACAACAGAUGGAACUAGAUGGACUCACCCACCAACAAAUGGACCGACUUAUACCUACAGACCGACUGACACUCUCUCAACACCGUGGUCGUUUGAAACUCACUACUGGUAUUACUAUGAUUACUAUUACUCUAAAUGGCCUUAUCCCUCGACACCAACUUACACCCCAACAAAACCAUGGACUGCCACAUACAAGCCACCAACAGCAACAGAAGAAACUAGUUGGACUCACCCACCAUCAACUGGACCUAACACAUACGAACCACCUACAAUAACAGAUGGAACUAGAUGGACUCACCCACCAACAAAUGGACCUAACACAUAUGAGCCAUCAACAACAACAGAUGGAACUAGAUGGACUCACCCACCAUCAAUUGGACCUAACACAUACGAACCACCUACAAUAACAGAUGGAACGAGAUGGACUCACCCACCAACAAAUGGACCGACUUAUACCUACAGAACGACUGACACUCUCUCAACACCGUGGUCGUUGGAUACUCACUACUGGUAUUACUAUGAUUACUAUUAUUCUAAAUGGCCUUAUUCCUCAACACACACUUACAUCUCAACAAGACCAUGGACGUUCAAAACUCGAUGGCAGCACCCGCGGUGGUGGGAGUACUUCUACGAAUAUUUUGCACAACAUAUUCCCAUAAAAAUGAAGACCAAGAAGUUUAAGAGAGUAACGAAUAGCGAUUCUUCGAAAAUUAUUGCAUUUUCUAAUUCUCAGUCCCAUUUGCCUGCAAGUCUAAUAAAGCUCUUUACUAGUUCCUCAAAGCUACAAGAAAACGUGGCAACGGAAUAUAAAACAGCUGCAAAAUUGCAUAAUGGAUCAGGAUCUUUUAAUAAAGAAAAGCGGCUUGGAGUUUCAUCGAAAAACCAGACCACUGUAAUUAAGAAUAAUUUACAGAUGCUUCGCCGCCGGCGCCGACAUUUAACACCAAUAGACACGCCGUCAACUGUCAUGGAAUCUGAAUCAACCACUACGUCCACAUUUUAUAUUGAUAAAGAAAAAAUUCCAACAAUAACCAAAUGUGACCCAACUGACGAUGUUCAACGUUUUCUUAGAUUUCUGAAUAAUUUGAAAAUUUACACAGAUUCAGAAAGAAAGUCGUUAUCGUCAACUACAGCCGAAUUGGAAAAAUCUAACAUAAUUCAAAAUAGAAUAGAAACAGGAACAUCAACCACGCCGCCGACUGCGACAGAAUAUGAAAUAACUUCAAUACCGACAACUCUCUCAGAGUAUGAAAAAACAACCGGACCCACAUUUGUAUCUGAUAAUAAAAAUACUACUGAAAUCCCUACAAUAACACAAUAUUACCCGCAUGACUACGGGCUACGUUUUCUUAGAUUACUUAAUAGUUGGAAAACCUCUACGGAAUCGUUACUACGGAAUACUAUAAGAACUGAAUCAACAACCAUACCUACAUUUGUAACUGAUAAAAAAAAAUAUAUUGCAAUUCCUACAAUGACCAAAUAUUAUCCACUUAACGACGGGUUACGUUUUCUUGGAUUCAUUAGUCUAUGGAGAACUAACACAAAAUCUAAAACAACGUCAACAUUGAAUAGAGCAGAGUUAGACACAUCUACCAUGGUUCCAGCCAUAAUAGAAACUGAAGCCACAAUGCCGAUUGCUAUAGAAUAUGAAAUAAUAUCCACGCCCACGAUUUUAAAUGAAAAAAAUACGCAUACCGAAAUGCCUACCAAAUAUGACAAUUCUGAUGACGUUCGACGUUUUCUUGAAUUUCUUAGUAGUAGGAAAACUACUACAAAAUCUGACACAACAACGACACCACCAGAUAGUGUAGAAUCUGAGACGUCUACCAUAAUUCCAACUACAAUAGAAGCUGCUGGAAAUAUUCAAAAUUGUACAUCUUACUUAACUAACAAUACAAAUCUUGGCUACCACCCAUUAUGGAGAUUGUUGUGGUCCCUAACAGGACAUGUGGAAAUGCAUAAUAGGACAAGGCAUGAGAAUUGUUAAAACUAUGCAAUAUAUGAUUAUACACAAAAUAAUACACAUAUAUAUAUAAGAUACUAUGGGUACUAUUUAUGGGACAGUUUUGUUUCUUGCUGACCUCGAAUUAUUUCGCUAUAAUCCCAGUGUCGCCUUAAUAUGUGAAUUGUUAUUGUAAUAUAAAAAAUGCGAAAGUUUGUGUUACUACUUUACGCUCUAUUUCCG